AUGUAACUGUCUUCUCCAGGUUUAUGCUACGGCGAGGGUGUGCUACCAGACAGUCUGAUUGCAGCUGUUGGAGGGAAGGUGACAUUCACCACAACAGUGACUCCACCAGCAACACCAUUCCUGUCAGUAAGCUGGAGUUUUACUGAUAUCCACAGUACUUCUAAUAUAAUAACCUCAUCUGAUGAAGACAUAACUGGACCAACGUAUACAGACAGGAUCACCUUCUUCAGAUCUAAUGGAUCUCUGGAGUUAUGGAAUCUGACCGACAGCGACAGUGGAGAAUACAGCAUCUUCAUCAUUCCAAAUGGUGCAGCAAUGCAGAACGGAAAAUGUAGACUUGUCAUACAUGCACCAGUCUCCAAUGUGGUGGUGACCAUCAGCAACACAGACUUGGUGGAGUUCAGCAGCGUCAGUCUGUCUUGCUCCGUCUCCUCUGGAUCCUCUCUCUCUUUCCUCUGGCUGAACGGCAGCUCUGAGGUUACAGCCAGUGACAGAGUUCAGCUCACUGAUGGAGGCUCCACUCUCACUAUAGUCAAUGUGACCCGCUACGACCAGGGACCGUUCAGGUGCAGCGUGUCUAAUCCUGUCAGUAAUGGCUCCAGUGAUCCAGUAAACCUCUCCAUCAGCUACGGCCCAGAAAAUAUUAUUUUGACGUCAUCUCCCACACAAGAAUACUAUGUGGAAGGGUCAGACGUCAUCCUGUCUUGCUCAGUGGUCUCCAGGCCCCCUGCCCUGUAUAAGUGGCUUCUGAAUGGAGACCUGGUGUCUGAUACUGGACCAGAGCUCAGUCUGAUGAAUAUUGAGAUGAGUCAGAGUGGACGCUACAGCUGUGAGGCCUUUAACAGCAAAACUCUGAGAUCCCAAACAUCUCAGCCCUCAGCUGUAACUGUACUGGCACCAGUAUCCAAUAUAAAGGCAAAUGCCAGCGCCACAGACAUUUUGGAGUCCAGCAGCAGCUCUGUCAGCCUCUACUGCUCCUCCUCUGGAUCCUCUCCCUCUGUCCUCUGGCUGAACAGCAGCUCUGAGGUUACAGCCAGUGACAGAGUUCAGCUCACCGAUGGAAACUCCACUCUCACUGUAGCCAAUGUGACCCGCUACGACCAGGGACCAUUCAGGUGUCAUGUGUUCAAUCAUUUCAGAAACGGCACCAGUGAUCCAGUAAACCUCCUCAUCAUAUUCGGCCCAGAAAAUAUCAAUCUGACAAUAUCUCCGUCACGAGAAUACUAUGACGAAGGUUCAGACGUCACCCUGACCUGCUCAGCUCUCUCGAGACCUCCAGUCAUGAUCCGGUGGUUUCUGAAUGGAGACCUGCUCUCUGAUUCUGAACCAGAGCUCAGACUGGUGAACAUUCAGAUGAGUCAGAGUGGAAACUACAGCUGUCAGGUCUUCAACAACAGAACGAUGAGAAAUCGAACAUCUCAGCCGUCAGCUGUCUCUGUACUAAAGUCACAAAUCUCCAAUGUUGUAAUAACUCCCAACACCUCAGAUUUGUCAGAGCUCAGCAGCUCCGUCAGUCUGUCCUGCUCCUCCUCUGGAUCCUCUCCCUCUUUCCUCUGGCUGAACGGCAGCUCUGAGGUUACAGCUGGCGAGAGAGUUCAGCUCACUGAUGGAGGCUCCACUCUCACUAUAAUUAACGUGACCCGCUACGACCAAGGACCAUUCAUUUGUCAUGUGUUCAAUAAUUUCAGUAAUUACACCAGCGAUCCAGUGAAACUCGACAUCAACUAUGGCCCAGAAAAUAUUCAUUUGAAAAUAUCUCCGUCACAAGAACACUUUGAGGAAGGAUCAAACAUCAGCAUGAUGUGCUCAGCUGACUCCAGACCUCCUGCCCUGUUUCAGUGGUUUCUGAAUGGAGACCUGUUGUCUGGUACUGGACCAGAGCUCAGACUGAUGAAUAUUCAGAUGAGUCAGAAUGGACGCUACAGCUGUCUGGCCUUUAACAACAAAACCCUGAGAAAUCAAACAUCUCAGCCUGCAACUGUCUCUGUACCGACACCGGUCUCCAAUGUGGUGGUGGCUUCAAACAACACAGACUUGGUGGAGUUCAGCAGCUCCGUCAGUCUGUCCUGCUCCGUCUCCUUCCUCUCUUUCCUCUGGCUGAACAGCAGCUCUGAGGUUAAAGAAAGUGAGAGAGUUCAGCUCACUGAUGGAGGCUCCACUCUCACUAUAAUUAAUUUGACCCGCUACGACCGGGGACCGUUCAGGUGCAGCGUGUCGAAUGGUGCCACUAUUGAAACCAGCCAACCGGUGAAUCUUUUCAUCCAGUAUGGACCUGACAACAUAGCCAUCAAAGCACCUAAAACAGUGCGUGUCGGAGAUUUCACAAUGCUUUACUGCUCCACUAUGUCCGUACCAGCUCCAACGUUCACAUGGCUUUAUGAUGGAAAGCCAACCAGCAUGCAGGAGUCUGUGUACAUUAUCCCCUCCAUCAGAAGCUUUGACGGUGGGACGUACACCUGCACUGCUGUCAACGCCGCCACAGGGCUGAGUCAAACAGUGAGCCACAAGUUAACUGUUGGAGUGGGGGGCUGGAGUUGGUCCUGUGCCGUCACUGUUGGACGUUAUAAGAAGAGCAGGAGCACCUGUGACGCUCCAUGUUUUAGAUUUCGAAGAGGACUGAGAGACAACGUCACGUUAGUCUUCAUGGACAUCAAGAUGCUCAGGACUGCCGUUUGUUUGGCGCUUGCUUUAUCAGGUUUGUGUGUAGGUGAUGGUAUCUUACCCCCGGGGCCUCUGAGCGGAGCUGUAGCGGACAAAGUGAAGUUCACCACUACCCUCACACCUCCUGAGAGUCCGUUCCUCUCAGUCAGCUGGAGCUUCAAAGGGUUGAACAUCAUCACCUCCACCAGCACCAACAUCACUGGGCCCGGACAUGCCAACAGGAUCUCAUUAGACCGAGCCACGGGGGCCCUGGAGCUCAGGAACCUGGUCCUAGAGGACAGCGGGGAGUACACCGUCACCAUCAUACCAGACAAAGUGCUGCAGAAACAGGGAUCGACCAUACUGAAUGUGUAUGCGCUGAUCACUGGAGCCAUCAUCCGCAGCCCCGCAGCCGUCUUGAUAGAAGACAAAAGCUCCACCAACCUCAGCUGCGAUGCUUUCGGCUCCAUCAGCACCAGAGUGUGGACCAAGGACAAUCAGCCGCUCCACCCGAGUGGCAGAGUCACCUUCUCCAUGGACAACAAGACGGUGUUCCUGCAUCCUGUUCACAGCUCCAACCACGGCACCUACCAGUGUCGAGUCAGCAACCCAGUCAGCACCAUGACUGUGGCCCAUGAUCUCACUGUCAACUUUGGACCACAUAACAUAUCGAUUACUGGUCCAGCAGCAGCAGCACUUGGCCAGAGAGUCACACUGGAGUGCACAGCAGACUCCGUCCCACCAGCAAACUUCAGCUGGAUGUUGAACGGCAAUCACACAAAUGUAAAUGACUCCAUGUACAUCAUAGAGAGGUUGGAGGCAGAAAACGUCGGGAAUUACACCUGCACCGCCACAAAUAUGGUGACAAUGAUGGAAAACUCCACGGUUCUGAAUCUGAGAGCAUCCUGCUGUGCUCCCCGCUGGUCGUUUUUAUUGCUGCUCAUCAGCACACUGAUUCUGAGAGGGUUAAUGUAA